AUGAGUUCCGUGCUUGGUCGAGGACUUCGGACGUGUGUUCAAAUUCCAAUACUAUCGUACUCAAAGGCGCCUAAACUUCGAACUUUGACGCAAAAAAUGUCAUCAGCAUCAAGCUCUGCUUCCGUUAUGUCUUCUCUACCUUCCUUUUAUGAGCGAACUCCUAUCCCAAAUGAUCCAACUCGUCCGUUCGUGCGUUCAGCCGCAUGCUUGAUCAUCGGUGAUGAAGUGCUCAAUGGUAAGACCCAUGAUACAAACAGUAAUAAGAUGGCAAAAAUGUGUUUUGAGAUGGGUAUCGAGUUGAAGCGCGUAGAAGUAAUCGCAGACGAUGAGAAGGAGAUUGUCGAGGCCGUUCAAAGGAUGUCGCGGAACUACGACUGGGUAGUUACAAGUGGUGGUAUUGGACCUACGCCAGAUGAUAUCACGUACGAAUCGAUUGCGAAGGCAUUUGGUAAGGAGCCACUUGAGUACAACGAUGAGACUCUGCGUCGGAUGGAAAUUGCGAUUCGACAUCGAUACAAAGACAUACCAGACACGGAUGACGUGCGAGAAGCCCAAAAGCGUAUGGCUCUCUUUCCUCGUGAGUCAGAAGUGAUAUUUCCUACGGAACAACUUUGGGUACCGGUCGUUCGUGUGAAUGGCAAUGUGUGCAUAUUGCCAGGUAUUCCUAGUUUGUUCGAGGCAUUGCUCCAUGCGAUGCAGCCAUAUCUGCACCUGGAUCCAAACAUGCCGCGACCUAUUCGAUGCCUUAUUCAGACAAGUCUACCUGAAAGCGUGAUCAGCCCUCUAUUGAAGCGACUGACCCUGUCCGGUAAGAAAGAUGGAAUUCGUGUGGGGUCAUACCCUAAGUGGGAUAAGGGAGUCCACAUAUCGCUAAUUGGUUUCGACCAAGCGCUCAUUGACCAAUAUGCACAGCAAGUUAUGCAGGAGACUGGUGGCCAGCUUGCUAGUAUCUAG